AUGUGUGAUGCUAGUGAUAUUGUUGUAGGGGCAGUGCUAGGACAACGAAGAGAGAAGUUGCUACAUGUCAUUUAUUAUGCUAGUCAUGUGUUAAACCCUGCACAGAUGAACUAUGCAACUACUAAGAAAGAGUUAUUGGCCGUGGUUUAUGUAUUUGACAAAUUCAGGAAAUACUUGUUAGAAUCGAAGGUUGUCGUUUAUACUGACCAUGUCGCGUUGAAAUAUUUGUUUGCUAAACAAGACUCUAAGCCGAGGCUUCUCAGGUGGAACUUACUCCUCCAAGAAUUUGAUGUAGAGAUUAGGGACAAAAGGAGGUGUGAAAACACAGUGCCAAAUCAUUUAUCCCAAAUGUCACUAAUUGAAGAAAUAGAAGAAAAGAGACCGAUCAAGGAUGAGUUCGCUGAUGAACACAUCCUCGUUGUCAUUGACUUCAUGGGGCCAUUUCCUCCGUCAUUUGGGAAAAAUUACAUCUUGGUAGCAGUAGACUACGUAUCAAAGUGGGUGGAAGUGGUGGCAUUUCCCACCAAUGAUUCUAAAGUGGUUGUGACCUUUCUGAAGAAUAAUAUAUUUUCGAGAUUUAGGGUUCCGAGAGCACUUAUCAGCGAUGAAGGUACUCACUUUUUGAACAAACUAAUGGAGAAUCUACUGAAGAAAUAUAAUGUUAAACACAAGAUCGCCACUCUGAAAGACUGGACAGUAAACCUAGAAGAUGCACUAUGGGCGUACAGAAAGGCAUUCAAAACUCCCAUAGGUAUGUCUCCCUAUCAGUUAGUUUAUGGUAAAGCUUGUCACUUGCCCCUAGAGUUGGAGCACAAAGCAUUUUGGGCAUCCAAAUUCUUAAAUUAUGAUCUGGCCAAAGCGGGUGAAUCCCGAAUCCUUCAGCUCCACGAGUUCGAGGAGUUUCGGAAUCAAGCCUAUGAGAAUGCCAAGCUCUACAAGGAGAAGACAAAAAAAUGGAACGAUCAGAAGCUACAGAUAAAGGAGUUUGUCAAGGGACAACUAGUGCUCUUGUUAAACUCUAGAUUAAAGCUCUUUCCAGGAAAGUUGAAAUCCAGGUGGACGGGUCCGUUUUUGGUUCACAUAGUGUUUCCCCAUGGAGCAAUAGAACUUAAAAAUCCAAGUAAUGGGGAUACAUUUAAGGUAAACGGAAAAAGGUUGAAACACUACUACAAGGGGCAUGAAAGUGGUUUGAUAGAUAAUUUGUUAUUUAUAGGACCACAGGGCCCUAACACGGGUACCCGUGUCAGGCAAGGUGCUAAGGAAGUUGAUUUUUCCAGUAGGCUGACACGACCGCCCGUGUCAGUUGACAUGGCUCGUGCCAGCUCUACUGGAGGUGAAGCCAAGAAACCAGUGGCCUGA